AUGACCCCGCGCUGCUUCAUCAUCCGCCACGGCGAAACCGAAUGGUCCCUCAAUGGCCGUCACACCGGCAUCUCGGACCUGCCCCUCACAGCCAACGGGGAGAAACGAGUCAAGGCGACCGGCAAAGCGCUCGUCGGAAAUGAUCGAUUGAUCGUGCCCAAGAAUCUGGUUCAUGUCUACGUCUCGCCGCGAAAACGUGCUCAACGCACCCUCGAAUUGUUGGAGGCUGCUGCGAAAAGACUGCCCUGGAACGAACAACGAAAUGCCCAAGAGCCGAUUCGUACCGAGGCCAAGGUUGAGGUGACAGAGGCGAUUCGCGAAUGGGAUUACGGCGACUACGAGGGCCUGACCAGCGCGCAAAUCAAGUCUAUGAGAAAGGAGCAAGGGCUCCCUCCGUGGAAUAUUUGGACAGAUGGGUGCCCGGGAGGAGAAUCUCCCGAGGAUGUCGUCCGCCGUCUCGAUGCGCUGAUCGCCGAGAUCAGGAGCAAGUAUCACCAGCCCGCCUUUGAUCAGCCCAACGAGCACAAAGGCGAUGUUUUGGUGGUCGCGCACGGUCACAUUCUCCGUGCAUUCGCGAUGCGCUGGGUGGGGAAGCCCUUGUAUGAGACUUCUCUCAUCCUGGAAGCCGGUGGUGUGGGCACUUUGAGCUACGAACACAAGAACAUUGACGAGCCGGCAUUGCUUCUUGGAGGACAGUUUGUAGUCGAGGAAUAG